CAUCAUCAACUUCCCCAACCCAAAUUCCAAAGUUAACCCAUUCCUUCAAUUCUCUCUCUCUCUCUCUCUAUCUCCCUACCGUCAUGGUUGGUUUUCCUGUGCAAUCUUAACCCUACGUCUAAUUGUCCGGUGUUUAAGGAUUGGAGCGAGGAAAACAAGUGGAAAAAAGGUAAAAAGGUUGGGGGCUGAUAUAUCUAUCUAUCUGGAACUUAAAGCCCCACCUCCUUCCAGCGCUAGAUGUUCGAAGUUUGAAGAAGCAUGGACCUAGGGGGUCUAGGGAGCAGCAAUACUACUGUGAAAACCCCAGAAACUGAAACUCAGACUCCCACAAUCCUUCUCCACCAUGCUAAGCCCUUGUCUUUUAGCAGCAACGGCGUCCUCAAGCGCCAUAAUCCCCUUCACCACGCCGUCGUGGUGACCUACAAAGAAUGCCUCAAGAACCACGCGGCUAGUUUGGGUGGCCACGCUGUGGACGGCUGCGGGGAGUUUAUGCCUUCCCCAACCGCCGCCGCCGCCUCUACUAACCCCACCUUGCUAAAAUGCGCCGCGUGCGGAUGCCACCGGAAUUUCCACCGCCGUGAGCCGGAGGAGACGCUGCCCAAGGCUCUCGAGUACCAGUCCCUCCACCGCCACCGCCCUCCGCCGCCGCCGCCGUCCUCCGAUUCGCCGUCUCCGCCGCCUAUUUCCUCCUCCGCCCCCCACAUGCUCCUCGCGCUCAGCACCGCCUUUUCUGGGCCCCCCACGGACACCAAUUCCCCAAUCUCCGCUCCCCUCCAGAAAAAGCGAUUCAGAACAAAAUUCACCCAAGAUCAGAAAGAUAAAAUGCUGGAAUUCGCCGAUAAAGUUGGGUGGAAGAUUCAGAAGCGAGACGAGGAGGUGAUCAACCAAUUCUGCACCCAAGUAGGCGUGGAAAGAGGAGUUCUAAAGGUAUGGAUGCAUAACAACAAGAACACCCUCUGCAAGAAUCAAUCUCAAUCUCAAUCCAACAUUGAUAACGUUAAUGGUUUGGAUUUUCACAUUGCAAGUAGAAAUCCCGCCGCCCAAUUCAACCUCCAUCAAGAAAGCAACGGCAAUGACACCCAAAACCACCAGCCUCUCCAUAACAGCGAAGAUGUUAGCGCUAAUACCAUCGCCGUUAAUGGGUCAUCUUCUUCUUCGUAAUCUAAUCUCGUGAAUUUUAAAAUAAAACGUUUUAGCUAGAAUAGUCCGAGAUAAAAAGAGAAAACAGAAGACAAACCCAGGAUGGUAUUGUUCUUGAUUAGCUACAGAUUAUUAUUAUUAUUUGUAGUAGUAGUAGGAGUGUUUCUUUGUUCCGCUGUAUUAGCUUCUUUCUUCUAUAAAUGAUUAGUACUCAAACCUUGCUAAGGAUAACAAUGGAGAAUUUUCUUCUUAUUCGAUGCGAAA